GUGCUGCCAGCCGAGAGCAGGCACCUUCCGGAGGCGGGGUUGCGGCGUUUUCGCUCUUUUCUGUGGCUUUGGCUUUUUCCUGGAAAUCAUCCAGGUCCGCAAGGACAGCCUUACCAAAUCUGAAGGGUUCCUUACCGCGUGUCCCAGCAGAGGGAGGAGCCUGCAUUCUCACAGCCCUCGAUAAUCUCGGUUUCCUACUUCCAGCAUAUCUUCCAUUUAAACAGAAUCACAGCCAGCUAACAAUUCAGUUCAUUGACAAUUGCCAUGACAACAACUGGAAAAGCCCACUCAAGGACUGAAAAGGAGUGGUCUGGCUCCAAACCACCCCCUAUUCUCAGAUAACUUCCAAGGCUUCCAACUGUUUCAGUCAGACGUUUCCACCAACUCGAAUACAUUAUUUUCAGCAUCCUUUUUCAGAUUCCAUGAUAAGAAUAUCCCAGCGACCAAAGAACACCGAAAUCGGAGUCGGAAAGCCUAGAUUCUAGACCUUAUUGUCAUCGAUUAGCGGAGAAAUAUGAACCAGAAGAUUCUGAAGUUGGAGAACUUGCUACGAUUUCACACUGUUUGUAGGCAGCUGCACAGCCUGUGUCAAAGAAGAAUGUUAGCACAGUGGAGGCACGUGUUUUCAUCUGCUUACCCUGCAUGGACGGCUCAGCUGUAUGCACACUCCGGGCAAACAGAUGUACUCAUCAGGGCUGCUUUAUCUCAACAGAGGCUUCUGGCAACAAAGAAGGAAGAAAGAUCACAGAAGUCUCAGUUGUCUUCAAGAAAAUCUAAAAAGGAGGUGGAGGUAUGGAUUGGAAUGACUGUUGAGGAGUUGGCCAGAGCAAUGGAGAAAGACAUAGAUUUUAUAUAUGAAUCUUUAAUGAACACUGCUGUUGACAUAGAUUCACUAGAAGCAGACUCACAUUUAGAUGAAGUUUGGAUCAAAGAAGUGAUAAAGAAGUCAGGGAUGAAGUUAAAAUGGAGUAAAUUAAAACAGGACAAAGUCAGAGAAAAUAAAGAUGCUGUAAAAAGGCCCCAGGGAGAUCCAGCUUUAUUAAUCCCAAGGUCUCCAGUUGUUGCUAUAAUGGGCCAUGUUGAUCAUGGGAAAACAACAUUACUUGACCAACUGAGAAAAACUCAAGUGGCAGCAAUGGAAGUUGGAGGCAUCACUCAGCACAUUGGUGCCUUUCUUGUCUCUCUGCCUUCUGGGGAAAAGAUAACCUUUCUUGAUACUCCAGGACAUGCUGCUUUCUCAGCAAUGAGAGCCCGAGGUGCCCAGGUCACUGACAUUAUCAUAUUAGUUGUAGCUGCAGAUGACGGAGUGAUGAAACAAACUGUAGAAUCCAUUCAGCAUGCCAAAGAUGCUCAAGUACCAAUUGUCCUUGCCAUAAACAAAUGUGACAAAGCUGAGGCCGAUCCUGAGAAAGCGAAAAAAGAACUUCUAGCUUAUGAUGUGGUUUGUGAGGAUUAUGGAGGUGACGUUCAAGCAGUGCAUGUCUCUGCACUCACGGGUGAUAAUAUGAUGGCUUUGACAGAAGCAACAGUUGCUCUUGCAGAGAUGUUAGAAUUGAAAGCAGACCCUACUGGUCCAGUUGAAGGAACAGUAAUAGAAUCUUUCACAGACAAAGGAAGAGGUCCUGUUACUACAGCUAUAAUUCAAAGAGGAACUUUGAAAAAAGGCUCCAUUCUGGUUGCUGGAAAGAGUUGGGCAAAAGUACGCUUAAUGUUUGAUGAAAAUGGAAAAACAAUCAAUGAGGCCUGUCCUAGCAUGCCAGUAGGAAUUAUAGGCUGGAGAGAUCUCCCUUCUGCAGGAGAUGAAAUUCUUGAAGUAGAAUCUGAGGCAAGGGCACGUGAAGUUGUUGACUGGAGGAAAUAUGAGCAAGAACAGGAGAAAAGUAAAGAGGAUCUGAAGUUAAUAGAAGAAAAGCGAAAGGAACACCAAGAAGCACAUCAGAAAGCCCGUGAGAAGUACGGCACUUUGUCCUGGAAGGAGAGAUCGUUUAUAAAGUACAAAGAAAAAAAACAGCAGCAACCCUUAAAGCUAAAAGAAAAAGUAGAAAGAGAUUCAGAUGUACUUCCUAUAAUUAUUAAAGGUGAUGUUGAUGGUUCUCUUGAGGCCAUUUUAAACAUUAUGGAUACCUAUGAUGCUUCACAUGAGUGCGAACUAGAAUUAGUACAUUUCGGUGUGGGUGAUAUUAGUGAAAAUGAUGUUAACCUUGCUGAAACAUUUAAUGGUGUUAUAUAUGGCUUCAAUGUGAAUGCAAGCAAUGUUAUCCAGCAGUCAGCUGCAAAAAAAGGAGUAAAAAUUAAACUUCACAAAAUCAUUUACCGUCUUAUUGAAGAUGUGCAGGAGGAACUGAGCAGCAGAUUGCCCUGUGCUGUGGAAGAGCACAUAAUAGGUGAGGCUUCUAUACUAGCUACCUUCUCCAUAACAGAAGGGAAGAAGAAGAUUCCUGUUGCUGGCUGCAGAGUCCAAAAGGGACAGUUGGAAAAGCAAAAAAAAUUUAAAUUAAUCCGUAAUGGGCAUGUCAUUUGGAAGGGCUCAUUGAUCUCACUGAAACACCAUAAAGAUGAUAUUUCUGUCAUCAAAACUGGAAUGGAUUGUGGUCUCAGUUUGGAUGAAGAAAAGAUAGAAUUUAAAGUGGGAGAUGGUAUUGUUUGUUAUGAAGAAAAAGAAGUUCCAGCCAAGACUUCUUGGGAUCCAGGAUUUUAAAAUUGUAUUGAAAGUACAAAUGAGUUCCUGUCAUGGCUCAGUGGUAACGAAUCUAACUAGUAUCCAUGGGGACAUGGGUUUUAUCCCUGCUUUUGCUCAGUGGGUUGGGGAUCUGGCAUUGCCAUGAGCUGUGGUUUAUGUUGCAGAUGUGGCUCAGAUCCCAUGUUGCUGUGGCAUAGCUGCAGCUCCAAUUUAACUCCUAGCCUGGGAAAUUCCAUGUGUUGUGGGUGUGGCCCUAAAAAAAAAUAAAAGAAAAAAAAGUGUAGUGUUUGAAUGUUCUUUAUUAUAGAGCAGCAGCUAUUUUUAUUUUACUCAAAGUCAUAAUUCACCUCUAGUGGACAAAAACUUCUACCAAAUGUUACUAUGUGUGUCAAAUGCUACACAACCAGAAAACCUUAUUUAAGGAUACCUCCAACUGGAGCAGGGAAAUAUGGUUAAAGGGCAUUUGUUAAUUAUUGGUAUAUCAUUGAAUCUAAAAACCAGCUAAAUAAACUUAAAGCACUUUAACAUUGGACAAUAGUGAAUUCCCCUAUUAAGGCAGAUAGCAAACACUGAGCAUCCCAAACUAAGGCAUUUGGAAUGAAUUUUACAGCAUCUUUAAACUUCCUUUGUAGGAAACAAGUACAUUGUAUAGCUUCUUUUAAGGCCAGGUUAUUUAGGCCAAUUCACAGAAACCAGUGUCAAGAUCUCAAGGGGUGGGGGUGGGAGUUCUUCCUCACCUUCAGCUGUCACUUGGCAAUGUAUGGAUACUUCUGGGUUUUUUUGAUCCUGGGGAGGUGUAGUGUACUACUGGCAUCAAAGAUGCUAUUCAGUCUCUGAUGCACAGAACCCAACAAAGAAUUAUCAGUUCCAAAU